CCCGCCCGCUCCCCCUCUCCCGGCGCUGCCGCAGAGCCUCCACCGCAACAAGCCCACACAGCCGCUCCGGUCCGCCCCUCCUCUGGUCUGUCACGCUCAGCGGCUCCUCCGAGAGGCUUCUCGCUGCCUCCCGCAGCUUCGCCGCGAGCAGGAGGCAGCAGCAGCGGGAGCGGAGGGAGCUGCCGCGGCUCUCCGCCUGCCCCCGGUUGAAUAUUACAGCUUCACUUGUACCUGGGCUUUUUCCACUGAUGUCCAACACGCAAUAGACAUUCCAAACAAUAUUUAGGAGGUGCCUUUGCAGCUUCACAGGAGUCCUUUGAUACAGGAUGGAGGACACGUACAAAGACAGGACUUCACUAGUGAAAGGAGCCAAAGAUAUUGCUAAAGAGGUGAAGAGGCAAGCAGUGAAAAAAGUGAAUAAAGCAGUUGACAAAGCCCAGGAUGGCUACACACAGAGGUCCUACAAUCGAUUUCAGGAUGAGGAAGAUGAUGAUGAUUACUAUGGCCAUGGUGCAGAAGCUAAUGAUGAUGAAGGAUCUAGUGAAGCAACUGAAGGACAUGAUGAAGAUGAUGAAAUUUAUGAAGGGGAGUAUCAGGGAAUCCCCAACAUGGCGCAGGGUAAGGAUGACAUGGCCUUAGGUCAGUGUAUGCGUGAUGAAUACAAGGAUCGUCAUGAACUGGAAACAGAGAGGAAAGCUGAUGAAGAAGAGCUCGCACAGCAAUAUGAACUGAUAAUACAAGAAUGUGGCCAUGGUCGUUUCCAGUGGGCCCUCUUCUUUGUGUUAGGAAUGGCUCUAAUGGCGGAUGGAGUUGAAGUGUUUGUGGUUGGAUUUGUGUUACCCAGUGCUGAAACAGAUAUGUGUAUACCCAAUUCUGGAUCAGGAUGGCUUGGUAGCAUAGUGUACCUUGGGAUGAUGGUGGGGGCGUUCUUCUGGGGAGGCUUGGCAGACAAGGUGGGAAGGAGACAAUCACUCCUGAUAUGCAUGUCUGUCAAUGGAUUCUUUGCCUUCCUUUCAUCCUUUGUCCAGGGCUAUGGCUUCUUCCUCUUCUGUCGCUUGUUGUCUGGAUUUGGGAUUGGUGGAGCUAUGCCAACAGUCUUCUCCUAUUUUUCGGAAGUGCUUGCUCGGGAGAAACGAGGUGAACACCUGAGCUGGCUCUGUAUGUUUUGGAUGAUUGGUGGCAUCUACGCUUCAGCAAUGGCUUGGGCAAUAAUUCCCCAUUAUGGAUGGAGUUUCAGCAUGGGCUCUGCCUACCAGUUCCACAGCUGGCGAGUAUUUGUGAUUGUCUGUGCACUACCUUGUGUCUCUUCUGUGGUUGCCCUCACCUUUAUGCCGGAAAGCCCACGGUUCCUGCUGGAGGUUGGAAAACAUGAUGAGGCUUGGAUGAUACUCAAGCAAAUUCACGACACAAACAUGCGCGCUCGUGGUCAGCCAGAGAAAGUCUUCACUGUUACCAGAAUCAAAACACCUAAGCAGAUAGAUGAGCUCAUAGAAAUAGAGAGUGAUACUGGAACUUGGUACAGGAGGUGCUUUGUAAGAAUCCGCACAGAGCUGUAUGGUAUUUGGUUGACAUUUAUGAGAUGCUUCAACUACCCAGUGAAGGAUAAUACAAUCAAACUUACAGCUGUGUGGUUCACCCUGUCUUUUGGCUACUAUGGCUUAUCUGUCUGGUUUCCUGAUGUCAUUAAACAUCUGCAGUCAGACGAGUAUGCAUCCCGAGUGAAACAUUUCCGCAAUGAAGAGGUCUCACAUUUUGUCUUCAACUUCACACUGGAAAAUCAGAUUCACAGCAAUGGAGAAUACAUCAAUGACAGGUUUAUUAUGAUGAAGUUUAAAUCAGUAACCUUUGAAGAUUCACUCUUUAAGAACUGUGUUUUUGAAGACAUUACUUCACUGAACACAUACUUCAGGAACUGUACUUUCGUGAAUACCACCUUCUACAAUACAGAUCUCGAGCAGUAUAAAUUUGUUGACAGUGAAUUGAUAAAUUGCACAUUUUUUCACGUCAGGACAGGAUGCCAGAUUUCUUUUGAUGAUGACUACAGUGCCUACUGGAUCUACUUUGUUAAUUUCCUGGGAACUUUGGCAGUGUUACCAGGAAAUAUUGUGUCCGCUCUCCUGAUGGAUAGAAUAGGACGGUUAACAAUGCUAGGUGGUUCCAUGGUUCUUUCUGGCAUCAGCUGUUUUUUCCUGUGGUUUGGGACCAGUGAGUCCAUGAUGAUAGGUAUGCUGUGCCUCUACAACGGUCUCACCAUCUCAGCAUGGAACUCUCUAGAUGUCAUUACUGUGGAGCUGUAUCCUACAGACAGAAGGGCAACAGGCUUUGGCUUUUUGAAUGCACUAUGCAAAGCUGCAGCUGUACUUGGAAACCUAAUAUUCGGUUCCCUUGUUGGUAUCACCAAAGCAAUCCCUAUUCUCCUUGCUUCUACUGUUCUAGUAUGUGGAGGUCUGGUAGGACUUCGGCUUCCUGAUACAAGAACCCAGGUGUUGAUGUAACUGGAAAAAAACGUUCACAAUUUAUUUCCUUCUUUGUACAAAUGUCAAUUCUCCUGACUGAUGGUGCAAAGGCUUCAGAUUCUCAACACACAGUAGAGUGCUCAAAUGUCAGAAAUCAAACUCAAAAGAUACUUUGGAGUAGCAGAGAUUUAGCAACCUCUGUAUGAAAGUUUUAAAUUUCACUUUUGUUUGCUUGCAUACUUUGCUAUUCAAACCCAUUUCACUUCAAAGUUCAAAGCUACCUCUUAAAACAGUUUUGGUGACAUAUCCAGGAAGGUAAAAACCAUACUGAUAAUUAGAUAUUUAAAAUGCAAGCAGUCAGAUUAUUUCAAAAACACACACUAAAUUUGGUCAUGGCAUUGUGAGCUUUAGUACAGACAUGAAAAUCAAUUACUUAGCAGUAUUGGUGCGGGGAAUGUUAAUGUGUCAAUGCAUGCAGCAUUUAUCAGGAAACUCAACUAGUUGCAUCAGUAUUGGGAACAGUGACCUUCUGCAGCUGUGCUUAGGUGGUAAAAACUCGUGGCAAUGACUCUUUCUCGGGAAACAUUUUUAGGCAAUCUAAGUAAAGAUUACCAACUACACCCCGUACUGGCUGAGGAGGAGGCAGCAGCCACUGCAGGGAAUUUAAAAUCCACAUAGGUAUGCAGCAGGGAGAAUAACAAAAUCAACAUUUUCACUUUUUUCUGUUGAUGCACCAGGACAAUCUUGUUUUAUUCUCACUUGUGGCAUCUGGAAUAUUUUUUUCCAUUUAAAACAAUGAAUUUGUCUUAUUCCCGGAAUGAACGAAUGCAAAUAGCAUUGCUGUCAUUAGCAUGAAUAAAGGAAGAAUCAGGCCAUAAAACUAUAUGAUAAGGAAGAUGCUUUCAGAGGUUUAUUUGGAAUUUAUAUAUGUAAAGACCUUCAUUUUUUUUCAUAGUUUCUACACCUUAAUACAGCCAUUUUCUUGGCUAAUUUUUAAUAGUUCAAGAAAUGCCUGACCACUUAAUAUCUUCAAGUGUCUCUUGACACUAAGAAAUAAGCUGUGGCAAGGCUACAGGGAAUGGUAAUGUUUUUGUUAGACCAAGUGCAUAGAUGAAAAGCAAAUGGUAGUAAAUACAUUCCUUGUAUGCUAUGGACUGCUCUGAUUACCGGAAAAUUCCCCAUCAGUCCUGAUGCUAUGCAACAGGUUAUGGGAUCUCUUUAAAAUAUCAUCAUUACCAAUUUAAUACAGACACGUUUUUAAAACUAUCAAAGAAAAGAGGCAGAUCCUCUGAUGACAGAAACUGGCAUUGCUUUCAGUGGAGCUAAGACAACUUGUAUUAGCUGAUUUACUAUCUGCAAUUUCAAAUGUUAAAUAACAAAUUCGCUAUAAAACAUAUGGAAAAUUUUGUUCAGUAUUUUUUUUUCUAAUUAUGUCUGACAGCAUUUAUUAGGUAGAUGCAUCAUUGCCAAGGAACUAAGCUUUCAAAUAAGGUCAUCAUCUAGUAAACUAGAGUUUUUUUCAUUGAUUUUUCUCUUGCUCUUAGAUGUGAACUUUGAUUUGGGUAGUAAUAUCUGGCACUACAGUCUUUAUCAAUCAUCAUCUUCAUCAUAUCUAGAGAAUCAGUAAAAGUUUAAGUAAGAAGAUCAUCCAACACAUUCAUACUUCACUGUUUAAUCUACUGAUUCUAGAAGUGACAUUUUCAGUUAUUAACAAAUGCCUCUGCUACACAUUGUAGCACAAAAAAUGUUAGCCCAAGAUGUUAUUUUCUCCUAUGAAAUGAGAAAACUGGCAGAAUUAAAAAAGGGUGAGUAUGGAAAACUAGGGGGCAUUAUUUAGAUGUUGAUAAUUUAAAUAUGCUAUAGUAAGAAAAGUUUGAGAAGUGUGUUUAUUUUGCAGUGUUGAGAUGAAGAUAUUUGACAUGACAUAUUUUAUGUUUAAAUCUGACUUAGACAUGUCGCUUAAAUUUCUAAACUAUGCUAAUAAAUGAGGAAGAAUUAUUUUUCACUAAGCUAUAGAGCAAAAUUCUGGCCUUAGUUUUGCAUCUGUGGCUUUUGUCCACUAGUCAUAGUCUUAUUGUUAAUUUAAAACUGUUUUCUACAAUUAAUAUUAUAUUUGAGCCCUUUUUCUCUGUGCAAUUCAUUAACAGAACAUGUUCAACUCUUUGCUUGUACUGCACAAGUUAUUUUGAAAUCUGAAGCCUCUGUACAUAUUUGGAGUGAACAUCAACAACAAUGGUAAAAUAUUGCUUUGUGUUGCUAUGCACUGUCCUCUUGCAGCAGUAUAUUCUGUCCAUCUCUGCAUGUAAUUUCCAUAAUACUCAGAUACAACACCUUAUACUUUCUGACCAGCUUGAAGCACAUGAGUCACAGAAAAAUAAUGUUCAGCUUUUGAGGACUAUGAUUCAAGUUUAACACUCUAAAAUCUCAUUACAUGUAAAAUUACGUUGAUUUCAGAGUUGGUCUUAUUGCAAAUCCCAGGUCUGUGAUUAAGUCUGGAUGAAAUGGAAUGUAGCAACAACAGGAAUUAGCAGAGAUUUGGAAAAAUGGAGACUGCAUGGUCCAGAAUGAAAAUGUUCUAAGGUAGAAAAAAGAAAAAAAUAAUAGUGGGUAGGAAUUGGGAGAACAAGUAAAUGAAAGAGAUUAACAAAGAAAAACCCAAGAACAUGUUCAACAUAUGAAACAAAACCUAAAGUUAGAAUUUUCCUAGAUGGUAAGCUAGCUGACUCAACAGAUUUGAACUAAUUGCAAGCCAAUAUCAAAGUUGUUUGAAUAAUCAAUAGUUUUUCUUUCAGUGCCAUAAAGAUUUAUCUCAUAAAGACAGAAAAGUGAAUGCAAUUUCAUGCUAUAAAUAACUUGGUGAGAUAGGUGAAAUCCACAGACUGGAACAGAAAUCUAUGGAGAGCUGGACACAAAUGUUGCACACAUUAUAAGGGAAUGUAAUUUGACUGGUCUUCAGCAAAUCUGUCUUUUCUUGCAGCCUCCAAAGCAGUCACAGGUAAUAAAUAUUGAACUGAAGGGUCUGCACUUCCUUCCUAUGUCUAUUCGCUUAUAUGUCACAAAAGAAUCACUUAGUGGCAUGUCUAGAUUCCUAAUACACCAGAGAGAAGCAAACUGGAUAGCAUUUGUGUAUCACAGUUAUAAAACAUAUGUAAUAAAAACUGCUUGUUUGGUCACAGAACUGCUAACUAGACUGCUAACUAGAAAUCCCUGUCAGUCUAAACUGAAGUAUGAUGUAACGUAUAGGAAUUUUCUGUGCGGCUGAAAAGCUCAUCCCAACAGCAACAAUGACAAAAAGCACAAUGGCCCCUGAAAACACCAAAGACUUACAACAUUUAGAAUGCUGUUAACCAUGACAGUCAGCUAUUUUGAAGUUUGGAAACUGUCCACAAAAGAGACCACAUGUUUUCAUUUUUGGCAAGGAAAUUUUAUUUUAAUUAAUUUUACUCCUUGCAGAUUGUCCUUGAGUAGGACUUGACUUAGCAGACUCCAGUUUCUUGAAAGCAUCCUAUUUAUUAUGUUAGUAUGCUUUGAGCAGCUUGAUAAUAUCCAAGCUAGCACUCUGUUGCUUGGAAGCAUGUGCUACAGCAUUUGGCAACCAUUGCAUUGGUUGCUGAGUACAGGCUCCUAGAAAGGAGACCAGGAAUAGGUCUUCACGGUGGAGCGCUGAACAAGAUUGGUGAAGAAUGACAUACUGGGAAACCUUGUUCCUCUAUGCUUGAUUUUAACCUGUUCCCUUACAGAGUUUUAUACAACAAAAUUUGGGCACUGAUGAAAAAGAGUUAACCCUCCUUCCUGAUGUCCCCACUAGUCUACUCCUCUUUAUCAUCUUAGGAAUAGGGGUCAAAGUUAAGACUGCUAACUCAAGCUCUGUUUGCUUUCUCUUCCUGCCAUUCCAGUAAUUCCAUCCCAAAUUACUUUUCUUACUAGGGGACCAGUCUUAAAGAAAGUCAAAACUCUCUCACUUGCUACUGACUUCCCAGUAACAUUCAGUAAGAAGUUUUAUUAGGUAUCUUUUGCAGUUUGGUAAUUACAUUUUAAAACAAUAUGGAAAACAGCCUUAGAAAUCUUUCUGUGUGUGAAUCUCACCUUUUGAGACAGCCAGACUCUACAUUUCCCUACCUAUUGAGAAGGCUGACCUAAUAGAAGAAGAGGUGUCCUCUCAGAAUGGCCCCUAUUGACCUCCUGAUUUGAGGGAAUCUUCUUGCCUGUGCACCUAGCUCAGCUCCAUUUGAGGGAAAUUAUAUCCUGUAUUCUUUUUUCUACCACUGUGGAGCCCUUAUCUUUCUGCAACUGCUCUCGAGGCACAACAGCGGAUACCAAUUCUCAGCAAAGUAAUAUAGUCCUCAGUCUUUCAUGUGGACAGCUUCUGUGUGCUAGGCUUUAGCUCUCUUCCCCAUUCUGAGUUUUAAAUUUAUGUUCAUUAGUCAGAGAAAGAUGUUUACAUCUAGUCGCACCUCUUUACCCAAACAAGAUGAUAGCAUUCUAAUACAACCUACAAGCCAUGUUUCCUGUUUAAAAACCUGGAAAUGCAAUUGAAAUUUCAAUCACAACAUUAAAAAAUGAAUCCUUGCACUCAGGGGGUCAAAGACACAAGAAGUGAAAACAGAAAUGCUCCACUUCCUCUGGUGUUUUGAAAGAAAACACAUGUUCAGUAAUCAUAUUCCGAAGAAAACACAUCUGAGAGACUGUUUUUUUGUAUUUCCUGCCUUCUUGUUCAUUAAACUUACUGUAGAAUAUUAGGUAUUUGCCUGCAUUAGUACUUUCAAAUGUUGCUAGUUGAGAAAACACAGCAUGAAAAUUCAGACUUUUGCUUGUAUUUCAAGGUAAGACAUGGUUCAGGCAAUGAUGUGGAAUUGGAAGAGACAUUAGCCAGAAAAUGUGGAACUCAGUUCAAAAUCUGAAUUAAAUGGAAAGCAUCAACUUAUAAUGCUACUUGCAGAUCUCACUUACUUUCAUUUAACAUCACAUAUUCUACAACCAAUCCAUGUGCUGCUAUCAGCCUCAUUUGCUUUCUUCAAAUAAUUUCAAAAGUGCUGCAAAAUAUAUUUGGAUUCACUAUAAUUUCUUGUUUCUUCCUGCAAAGGAAAGACCCUAAGAUUGUUAUAUAGAAUUUAUAGAAUUUCAUCCACAUUCAGGACCUUUUUUUAAUGCAGUGACUUAGUAUGUGAAAAUAGAAAAAAGAUAAAUUUGGCCUGAUUUAAUUACUUUUCUUAUUGAACAUUUUGUUGAAUUAUGUACAAAGAUGCUGGCCUGCAAUAUGGAGUUUGGGGCCUCUGAAUACAUCCUGUGGAGCUCAAAAUGAACAAAGCAGUCAUUUUCAGUAGUCUCCUCCCACAACAUACACACAAGUUACAUUUAAAAGGGCCAAAACACUUAGGGAAAAGCACAGUGCUUUCUAGGGUAAACAAUCUAUUCUCUUUGACAAAGGUCUAGAACAUAUUGCUUGCUUCGGACCAGUACACAGUCUGAUAAGCAAAGAUUGGAGAUUACUUAACAGCAGAAGUAUUUGGGUGAGGAUGACCUGACAUGAAAGUAUUGUUCUUUCCACUGAGGGUACACAUGAAUACACAUUUUAAUGUCACAUAACCAAGAUGAUUUGUAGAAACCUUGCCCCUGCUCUGGCCAUCAACACAUUUAAGUUGUAGCCAGAUACAUCAGUCCACAAGUGAGAGAAAAGUGAGAGAGAAAAAGAGCUGGCAGGCACUUUCAGCACUCUCUCCACAGCUAGCCACCUAAGCUCAUUUCUCGAGGAUCCUAAGGAUCUGGUUUUUUGCUUAGCUUUCUACUUUCUAAUUUUGGACAUCUACCACUUGCCAUUGAGUUUUCAUCAGUAGUGGUAACCAAGCAAGCUGAAAGUGCUUUAAUGCUAAAGGACAGCACUCACAGCCCAUUGCAAGUAGUGUACUCUGCAAGAGUCCAGUGUCAUAUGUGUUGUUCCUGUUUCAGUUAUUGUCAAGCACUAGAGCUGUCAACUAGCACUUCUCUUGUACAAUUCUGCAUGUAUUCUUAUCUGUAAGACAUGUCUUCUAUCCUCUUAAUGUCUGCCUUGUAUGACCAUAUGUAUGCCCAUCCCCCACUGGCUAUGUGAUGAAUCUAUUUUGUGAAUCUUACAUGGGUCUAUCUUACCCAGUUAAAAGGUGAUCCUUCAAAAGAAGAGGGCUGGGAAAAAUAAUGAAAUGGAACCAAAUUAAAUGUAAACAAUGAAAAGUAAUAGUUCAAGAUAUAGGCUUCAAUUAUUUUUAUUUUUUCAGAUGUUUUCUUCAAAUCUUCACCUGAAACUAUAUAAUAUUGUGUAUUGUAAAGAAAUAGUACACAGUUAGAAGUGAACACAUAUGCAGAUAUAUGUAGGUGAAUACACACACAUAUGGACACACUUCUACAACACAGGCAAAUGUUAAAGUUACAAACCAUGUUCUCAUCUUUUUCUUUGUGACUUUCUUCAUUGUGCAUUUUACAGAAAUAACAUCCUGCUCCAUUCCUUGUGAAGAAACCUUUAUUUAUUCAUGUGCAAAAUUAUUGGGUUGCUAAGAGUCAUGGCAACUGGCAAUUAGUUUCCAGUCAUUGGAAGGGGAUUCCUAAAAUGUUCUGAAAAAUGAGCUUUGACUUAGCUGUUGCCUUCCCCUGCUGGCCCAACCCACCCCAUCACACUGUGCCAAACAAGAAAGCAGCACAUCAAGCAAAGGCACUGGUGUUCCAGUGACUAGGAGACACAGCACUCUCAGUUACAUAUACUCCUAAAAGCUAUGAAUUUUGUCUUAUUCAACCAAAAGGCCUUCAAAAUGGUCCAUGGGGAUAUCAACAUGCUAACUUCUGUGUAAUGUAUGAGAAAAUGUCUGUGAUUUUCUGUAUUGUAUGUUUUUCAUUGUUUCUGCAUAUAUGGCUGCUGUUGUUCUAGUGAUGUGGUUAAGAAUUAUCUGCUACUGUUCUUAUCAGCAAUUUUUGACCAGCCUGAAACAGAGCCAUUGCCAGGGUGUUUUUCGAUGAAUGAUUGACACCCAUGAAGAUCUUCUAUCAUAAUUAGUGCCGUAUAAAGUCAUGGAUACUAUAUUUCAAGCCAAUCCACGAUGAAAAUAUCAGCACAUAUCCAUAGACCAGUGAGAGUGGAAAGAGCUCUUCCAAAAGCUCUGGCAUCUGCUACAUUUCUUCUUUGCUCUUUUCAGGAUGUUCACUCUUUGCAGUAUUCUUCCUCUGGUAGGGGACAUGCACUCAUGCUACAGACGUAAGAAAGCAGAAGAAAGGGCGUAUUCCUUUCACAGGAAGGAAUGUAUAUUUGCUAUAGGAAAGCCAGCUCUAUAAUAAGAUUAAAACAAACAAACUGACUAACUCAAGCAGCUUGCUAUUCUUUUUUAUCCCCAUGUCUCUCAUGAGUUGAUAACAGUGCAUACCAAACCCUUGGGAGGAGACUAAAAGGGGCAGCAAGGCUUACACGAUAGUUCUUCUGGAAAGGAGGAGAUCUUCCCAAAGGGAAAACAUAUGCAAUGAGUGAAGCCAUAGCAUAUAGCUUCUAAUUGUGAUCAAAAACAAGCAGUUUUAAGUAUAAAAUUGUUAUUCAAAUCCAUAUCAGCAGUAGAAAUGUGUAAACAUAGAUUAAAAUCAGUGGCUUGGAAGAGAAAAGAGAAUAUUUGAAGAGCUAGUUAAAAAACACAACAGCCCAUCAUCUCUCUUGGACAAACUUUUCAGGGCUUUCCUGUUUCUUCCUGCUACCAAUCAUCCUAAUAUGGUGAUUGAUUCCUUUAGUGCCUCACUAAGGAAAUGAAAGACUAUAUUGACAUUUACAAAAAAAUUGAAACCAGGCAUGAAAUUAGCACUGUAGGAAAGGCAGCUCAUUUAUAAGAAGUAAAAAAUGCCCCAAGCUGCUAGUGUCUGCCUGCAUUUAUUGUCCUCCAAGUGGUUUAGGAUCCUACAAAGUGUUACAUGACAAUCUGAUUCCUGUUUAAAUCAGUGAAGCAAUUUUUUAGGAUCAAGAUCCCAGCUUUGUCUUUCAAAAAUAUUAGUAUGUGCUGUGUAUACUGCCAUGCUGGAAUUGCUAUAGUGAGAGAAAUGUGUUUUUUCAGCCAUUUUAAAAAGAUGAAUAAUUUUAGCCUGGUUUUUCCUAUGAAUGUAGUGUUUCACAGAUAUUUAGAGGAUUUUAAUAGCAAUGCUUUGAGCUAAGUGAAUCAACUGGCAAUUUAUUCUAACCAUUUUCUACAGAAUAUUGUAUUAAACAACCCAAUUAAACUUAAGAAAUGCUGUAUUACCUUCAGCUGCACAACAUUGUGUCAACUAAACUAUCAACUAUCUCAUACUUGGCCUCAAAUGUAUGUAGGAAUAUACUGUAUAAAAUUAGAUGGUUUUUUAAUGGGGCAGUUUCCAUUGCAAUGUCAUGAUGUGCAGAAGUCAGGUAUCAAGAUGAGAUACAGCAAGUAGAGAUCUUGGCCUUCACUGCAACUUAUUGGUAUUGUAAGGUUACUGAUUUUCUUAAAAAGCUGUUGGUUUUUUACUUUCACUGCAAUUAAUUGGCAUUGUAAGGUUACUGAUCUGCUUAAAAACCUGUUAGCAUUUUCUAAUGCCAAACAACAGAAAGAAAAUAUGUAGUCUUUCCUAGUUUUGUUGCAGUUAUUUUCUGGUCCCUGCUUCUAAACUUCCACUCAAAUUUCCAACUGUUCUGAGACAACUGGCCAUCCCAUUUUUCAAAUAGUCUUCAGUGUACAAACACACAGAUAUGUUAAUGGACACCUGUUGUCAAGAAAAUCAUUACCAUUUCUGACAAUCUCCAUUUCUCAGUGCAAGGUAACAUGUACAUACUGUAUAUACGGGUAACAAGCUACUUUAAAGUUGAGUUGCCAUUUGAACAUGGGAAUUCGAUUUCAGAUCUGAUAAUCUGCAUCAAGAUCUUGGCAAUGGUCCUGUCCUCUCUGUUUCUUUCUUCCUUUGUUUCCUUUACUGCUGUGUGUGCCUGGAAAGCAGGUUACAGUCAUCAUUAUUGUAUAUAUGUGUUUGCAUGUGUGUGCCUUGAUAAAUUCUCUCUUUUGGAGUUCUGAAUUUUUCAUUUCAAGUCCAGCUGAUACAAUUGUGAACUCAUCUUUCCAGUAUCCUCCUCUGUGUCAAAUUGCCAGCUUCCAAAAUGUUUGACCAAGUGUUUUGAUUAAGUCCUCUGAGGAAAGCUGUCUGUAUAUUUGUGAAAGGGCAUGCUCUGUGUAGGAUGACUGUGUACAGUAUAAAUCUAUAAAAUGUGGAAGUGUUUAUAAAUUUAUCUGCAAAAUAUUUAUCUGUGUAACAAAUGCAAAGUUAUUUAGUGUACAUCAGAUUAAUAAAUGGGGAUGAUUUUUUGCUCUGCUGUAUUAAAAUAAAGAUAUGUUCUCUGCAAUGAA